AUGACCUCUAAUAUGAACUCCAACGUGGGUGAUGUCGUCAUUCUGUCUGCUGUACGUACACCUAUUGGCUCUUUUAAUGGAUGUUUAUCAGCUCUGAAAGCUCACCAACUUGGUGCUGCAGCAAUAAAAGGUGCAUUGGCCAAAUUAAGUGGUACUAUUACAGCAGAUGAUGUGAAUGAAGUAUUCAUGGGUCAAGUAUUGACUGCUAAUGAAGGACAAAAUCCGGCACGGCAAGCUGCACGUGGUGGUGGUUUAACUUAUCAUACACCAGCAACUACAGUUAAUAUGGUUUGUGGUUCAGGCUUGAAAGCCGUUAUUCUAGGUGCUCAAGCUAUUCUAACAGGUGAUGCAGAUAUUGUAGUAGCAGGCGGACAGGAAAGUAUGAGUCAAGCACCACAUUGUAUUUCUAUGAGAAGUGGUAAAAAAAUGGGCGAUACCACUCUUGUUGAUUCGAUGUUACAUGAUGGUCUUACGGAUGCUUUUAAUCAUAUUCAUAUGGGUAUCACAGCGGAAAAUGUUGCCGAUGCAUGUUCUGUUGCACGUCAAGAACAAGAUGAAUUUGCUUUACAAUCUCAGUUGAAAUGUGCAAAUGCCAUGACACUGGGACAUUUUGAUGCUGAAAUCGAACCGAUUACACUUUUAACAUCAAAAGGUGAGAUUCAAAUAAAAAAUGAUGAAUAUCCACGUCAAGGAAUAACAAUAGAUUCUAUAUCAAGACUGAAGACCGUGUUCAAGGAUGCUGGAACUGUUACUGCAGGCAAUGCAUCAGGUAUCAAUGAUGGAGCAGCUGCAUUAAUUCUUUGUUCAAAUCGUAUUGCUAAGAAAAAACAACAGAUACCUCUAGCAAAAAUUGUCUCUUGGGCACAGACAGGCAUUGAUCCACUUGUUAUGGGACUAGCACCAAUCAAAGCUAUUCGAGAAGCUUUACGCAAAGCUAAUUGGUUGAUUGAUACAGUAGAUUUAUUUGAAGUGAAUGAAGCAUUUGCUGCUCAAUCUGUAGCAGUUAUUCGUGAUCUUCAUAUUAAUCCAGAAAAGAUCAAUAUAAACGGUGGAGCUAUUGCUCUUGGUCAUCCUCUCGGCUGUUCUGGUGCUCGAGUCCUUGUUACUCUAGUUCAUGCGCUUAAACGAACAGGCUUAAAACGAGGAUGUGCUGCUCUCUGUAUUGGUGGUGGCAUGGGAAUUGCUAUAUGUAUUGAAGCUUACUAA